AUGGCUAAGCUCGUAAGCUCAACUUUCGGAAUGUGUUUCCAUGCGCAUGUUCAUAGGGCAGAUCGUGGGGAGUUAUCGUCAGCAGAAUGUCAAGAGUCGCAGUGCAAUGAAAGCGGAAGAGUCACUCUUGGAAGCCAGCGGUUUGUGAACUGGUGCAGGCAAGGUGUGUUAAUGAGCGACGAAGCAAGGGGGUUUCAGUCUUUGUUGAAAGCACCAGCAAGUGGGUUCAUUGUGCAAAGAGUAUAUAUCGCGUACAAGAACGCAAAGAGGGCCGAGAGGGAAACUACGUUUGGGUUCGUUAGAUUUAAUAAGCUGUCUGAGGCUAAUCGCACAGUAGAAAGGGGAGAUGGGAGACGAAUCGACGGGUUCAAGAUAAGGGUAUUCAGAGAUAAUAUGGGUGGAAAAACGAUAACGAAGGUAGAUAAUAGAGAUGUGCUUGUGGGUACAAACACUUCGGACGUGGGGGAGCGCACCGGAAAGGAGAUGAACGGAGAUUUGAGAUACAUCAAGAAGGCGGAGAUGGUGUAUGUUGAUAUGAUGGAUGACGUAGCGGGGAAUCCUGCAACCGAGCGGGAAUCAAGCAUAGACCAUAUUUAUAUCUCAAACUCGGAACAAUCUUGGAGGAGGCAGUGUCUUGUUGGGCAGAUAAAAAAUAUGUACAAUCUUGAAAUCGUCCAAGAUGCUUUAAAAGAAGAAGGUUUCGACAUUAGAGUGUGUCCAUGGGCUGGUCUUCUGUCGGUGAUUCAGUUUAUGAGCAGAGAAGAGCUUGUUAGAUGUUGGAAUAGAAGGUCUGAACUGGUGAGCUUGUGGUUCGAAGAACUGGAGCUAUUGGAGGGCAAUGAUGGGAAGAGAAAGGUUAAGGUGUGGGUAAUAAUUCGCGUCGUUCCGCUCCAAGUUUGGAAUGACAAAUUCUUUCAUGGGCUUGCAAGCAAACGGGGGGAGGUGUUGAAGAUUGAUGAGGAUACCCACGAGCGUAAUCGGUUCGAUGUCGCCAAAGUCUUAGUGUCCGUCCAGAAAGUAUCUAUCAUACCAGAGAGAAUGUUGAUUAACGUCAAUGGUCGUUGCAUGCCGAUUAAAACUUUAACGGAGAAAUUUGAAGACGAUCCAGUAUUAAUUGAUGGAACCACACCCAUGAAUGGUCAGUUCAGAGACGAUUUCGGAGAGGAGUUUAGUUCUCCAGAGUGUGUGGCUGACUUGGAGAAGGUGAGGGCUUCGAAACAAAUGCUGAGAAGUCUGUUGAGGACAGUGGAUUAUGUGUCAUCGAGAAGCAAUGGGCUGCAUGAGAUACCGGUUCUGGCGGGUAGUGGGAUGUCCAUCUCGGUGGAGGGGGCGGCAGAGCAUGUGAGAUAUGAGCCUUCGGUUGGGUGUUCUAGAGAAGAUGCAGUACAAGUGUGGAGCUCAAAUAUGAAUUCAAUCGCGACUCAAGAGGAAAUUGAGGAAGGCAGUUCCCGAGCGAAAAGAAAGAAUAACAAAAAGAAUAAAGCGAGAGUGGGGAAGGGUAGAAGGAAAGUUGGCGGUGUAGGUAAAGAUUCAGAAGCUGAGAUCUCGCUAACGGUCGGAGAAGCGUUAGGUUUCAUAUUCAAAGCUCCAGACGCAAAAGUAGCGAAGAGAUUUGAGGAGUUAGAGGAAGAUUUCAGAUGCUGA